AUGUUCGUGCAGCAUUGCGAAUUAUGGAGACAGUACCCGCAUAUGAGACCUGCAAUAACAACAUCAGUAAUAACUAUGACAUGGGUGCUUCGCAUAUUGUCUCUCAAAGUGACAAUUUCAAAAAGAUUCAUAAAUGCAGGAAAAUCUGCUGCUUUGUUUUAUGGAGAUUUGGAUACGCUUUGUAAUGCAAUUCAUGGAGCGCAGUUCGCUGCCAAUUUGGGCCUACCUGAAACCACCCCACUUCGACCAUAUUCUGACGAAGAGCAGUUACCUCCAACGAUUGGGUUAUUAACGCAGUACAAAGGACUGGACGUGCUGACAGUACGUGGAGCUGGUCAUUUUGUGGCAUCCAGCAAUGAGAAACCAAAAGAAGCAUUACAAGUAUUCGUAAACUUUAUCAACAAUCAAUCUUACGACACCCCCGUAUCCCAUGAUACGCCCUAUGUUGCACCAAGCACAACGAAUUCUCCCAGUACAACACCUGGGAAUAUCCCUGUUAAUUGGGAUGCUCCACCAUGGUUAAUCACUGAUCUACCAAAUCUUGACGAACCAAUGAGAUCCAAGCAGUACACGGGCUACCUGAACAUCAGCGAAACAAGGAAGCUGUUCUAUUGGUAUAUCGAAUCGGAGAACGACCCAGCCAAUGAUCCCGUCGUUUUAUGGCUCAACGGUGGUCCAGGAUGCUCCUCUCUUGAAGGGCUGUUUGAUUGA